AUGAAAUUAUUGAUAUUAUUAAUAGUAUUAUCAAGUGUUAUAAGUAGAGAAUAUAGACCAAUGGCUGGAGGUAGAUUUAAGCCAGAUUAAAAUGAUGAAGGAUUGAGAUAGGCAAUAACAUAUGCAAAAGAACAUUUUGAAAGUUUGAAUUAUUUAUAUAAUAAUUAGCAUCUUGUGAUGGAAUGUCUGGAUAUAAAUGGGAUAAAAUAAUAGAUGUGGAAUAAUAGAUUGUUAAUGGAAGCAAUUACUAUAUUUCAGUAUAGUUGAAAAAUGGAGAUUAAAUAAUAAAUGUUUAAAUUGUAGUUUAUAUGCCUGCAUCUCCACCAGACAUAACAAUUACAUCAUGUUCUAUUUUUUGA